AGAUCCUCUAGCCAAAUGUCUGAUUCCAGCAAUCAAUAUCGUUCAUCGGCUUUAAUUCCUGGUGUCGAAAUAUAUCCAUCAGAAUGGAGCUUGCUGAACACAACUCUAUUGUCAUUACCCAAGGAUUUACGCAUUUUUCGGGAACUUCGUAUGCGUCCUUUGGCACCUCGUCAUCGUGAAGGUUUGCUGCUGCUUCACAAGCGUUUGUUUCCUAUAAAUUACGAUAGCCGUUUUUACGACACGGCUUGCCGUAUUGUAUCGGAUGAUUCUGCAUCAUCAUCUGACUUUUGGUCAGUUUCUACACUUAUUGGAAUUGGCAUGUUUUUACCCAAAUCAACAAUUGUGUCCAAUUGUGACACGCGAUCGAUUAUUUGUUGUGCAACUCCUGAUUCCAGUGGCAGCACUUCGGAAUCAUCGGCUUCAUGCAGUGAACAUACUACUCGGAAGGAAACAGCAAACAUUAAUACGCGUCUUGUGACACCGUUAGGUACAGAAUCUAACGAAGAGGGGGACAAUGUUGACGAUUUGGUAGAUACCGAUAUGUUUGCGCCUGUUGAUUGUAUUUUAAACGAUGCUACGUAUGAUCGAGAGAAUGAUGAAUUUUUGGUUGGUUUUUUAACUUUAUGGGUAAACCAACAAGAAUUGAGUCCAAUGACAUCUAACAAUGACUAUUUUGCCCUUAACAACUUCUAUGAAGAUAUCGUAUUCCCAUACUUACAAUCGCCUGCAUCUUCCGGGGUCUCUAUACCUACUCUACCUAAUUUUGAUCACUUAUCGGGGGAUUCUUAUAGGUUUUUAUUCUCUAACUUAUACACUAAUCGGGAGUUGUUGGAUUAUCUGUCGUCAUUUUCAUUGGACACCUGUAAAACUGUAUAUUUGUUGAGUGCAGGUGUUACUAUGGGCCUACGUUCCCGUUUUCUGGGCACACAUUUGAUUAUGUUUCUUCAAUCAAUGUUGUACUUUUGCUGUUACAACGUCUUUAUUUACAAUGGUGACAUGUUUCGGUGUUCUGAUGAUUUACGUGAGCCUUUGCUAUCGACUUUAAACUUGCACCUCAAUACUUCUAUGGAUGAAAAUUCAUCCCUAGAGUUGGAUGAGAUAUCGGAGUCUGAAGUUGCACCUUUCAGGCUGUCUAUAAGUUCAGUUUUGGACGCUUUCAGUCAGUGUGAGAGGAUGCCUUUGAGCAUCUACUUACACGUCAUAUCGUAUAACAAAAAGGCUUGUGAAAUGUACAGGCGUGCCAAUUUCAUUUGUGUGACUCGAAUACCAGACUUUUACACAAUUGACGGGUUACAGUAUGCAGCAAAUCUAUUUGCGUUUUACAUGUGCCCACCGUUUUUGGUUUGAACAUUUUUAAUAAUC